UGUGUGCUCGCGGUGCAAAGACCGCGGAGGAGCAUUAAGUUGCUUCUAUCAUCCAGCGCCUUUGACAAGGCCGAAAAGGCACCAAUCUCAGACAUUCGUGGCGGGUGUUCCAUUCGCCCGGCCAUCAGAAAGGUGUGUGGCCUGUUCGGGAUACGAGACGAGACUAUCACGAAAGAAAGCCUACUUAGAAUCCCGCAUAGGGACCUUCACCGCAACGAGUCGUCUUCUAGCCCGCUUAUGCCAAUGCUGCCCAACGAUAAUGUAGCGUCAUUGUACACCGCUGCUCGGAAACGAUCUCUCCUUCCGGGGUACCUUGGCCCAAUGAGCUUUAUUUCUCCGUUGACUGACGCCGGGGAUCUUGCACCUGGAGGCAAAGGUCUAGAGUCGGGACCCUGCGGGGGAUAUCUUGCCGUCUUAUUGGGUAACUUCACUAUCAUCGAGGGCCUUAUCCGCGAAUACUAUGCCCUGAGUCAGGGUGCAGUGAUCCCAGCACCAGUGAUUUUAAACAGCCUGGGCCCUCUGAGGAGGAUGCUGCAGGACUGUUCAGAUAAGAAGCUUGAAGAAUCUAUCAACCCACUCACCAUCAGGGUAAUUCAUAACACGGCAGAAACAUUCGAGAUCCCGUCUUCCAUCACUGGAAAAGAAUUCCACAAACUGUACACCGGACCUGCUAUCCGACUGGAGAUUAUUGGGGUCAUUUGUUCCAUUGCUGGGCAGGCAGGCAGCGUGGGACUUGCCCGAACUGGGCUAGGAAAGGAUGUUUCACCCCCACAAUUUGCGCGAGCCAUGCUGGCAGCUAGCGACAUUGUGAUUCACAUUUGCAAAAUCCUGACGCCAGCCAAUGAUUUGACUAUAUGGCUAACUUACCAAAAUUUGCUGCUUACUGACUUGGUACAUGGGGAUUCAAGCCCCACCAGCUGGAGUCGAUUGGGCGAGCUAUCUACUGAUCUCUUUGCACUUGGCUACCAUCGCGAUGGGAAAGACUCUGGUAACAAUGCAGCCGAAGUGCCGGAAUUUCUGGUAGAGAUCCGGAGGAGACAAUUCUCUGCAGCUUAUCAGUUCGAUAAAAGCCUCGCCACGUUCCUGGGAAGACCCCCACGCAUAUCAAAACGGUAUAUCAAUAGCUUAAUCCCAAAGGAUCUGAGUGAUGAGGCUCUGGCUACCGGUCAUAGAGACCUCUCGCACUUGCAGAAAGACCUGGAUGCAGAUGGAUGGAACAUUCAUCGUCCGUUCCAACGAGCGACUUGGAUCCGAGUCCGUUAUAUAAUAUCCACUUUUCGAGAAGAAAUAUUGGAAGUUUCUAUGCAGAAUAUUACACCUGAAACGAAGAAAGUCCUCAAUGAUAUAUCGUUUCGCUCUCAUCAAGCUUGGGAAAACCUUCCCGCUCAUAUCCAUGGACGAGAAAAGUCCCUACAUCAGGGGGAAUUUGUGGCCAAUUGGCUGAUGACGGUCGUGAGCUAUCUCGCAUAUCUCUACAACGACUUCCUCGUCCAGCGACUCUUGGCCGGGAAAUCCAAUCCACAAGGCAGUGCAGCGCUUCUUUCUGUUAGCGCAGAUAUCCUGUCUACUGUAUUGAGCAUUGGGACGUAUCGAGAACAAUGCGUGGAUUUACGACCGGAUUUUACAUGGAUCUUACUCCUUUACGGGUUCCCGAGCGCUAGCCUCUUGAUGAAAGCUCUUCAACACCACAAACGAACGGGCGAGCAAUUUCUCUACGAAGGCUCCAGAGCACAGCUCAUCCGCCAUUUGAGCGUGUUUAUCUCAUAUCUGGAAACGAUUGCCAGCCCUGAUAAUGCGAAUUACCCCCUCUUUCAGCGCACAGGAGAGCUUUUUUCAAAGAUGCUUGACGAAGUUUUGGAGCCAGAAGCUUAUUUGCAGAGCUCAAAUGCAAGUGAUGAUUCUCUGAUGGAUAUUGAUCGAAUGAUCGCAAUGGACGGCCUGGAGCUAUUCAAUACGAUAGAUAUUAGUCUCGCAUCGAAUCAGUGGAUGUUCUAG